AUGGAUUCAACUUUCAAAUUCCCCGGCUCGCCUGGGACGCCGCUUCUCCAAGUCUCCCCGGAACGCGUCAACCAGAAGCGCAACUCAAUCUUUGACGAAUCCCCCGCCGGCUCUCUAACCCGCCACGCCCGUGAGAGCAGCGUGCACGAGAAAGUCGCUGCAUUCAAUAGUCUUGCAUUCCAAGGGAAGCAACUGGAGCGGAAGGCAAACGAUGCGGCGCUCAAACGAGCGAUGCUGGGUAGGGAGGAGGCCGAGAGUGAGAUGCGCAGAUAUAGGGAGGAUGUGAGGGCGCUGAGGCGACAGGUAGAGGAGAGCAGGCUCAGGGAGCAGCGGGUGGGGGAGCGUUUGGAAAGCGUCAUGGAAAACUACGGCAGAGCGAAAGAAACUCACGCGCACACGCAAGCGCUAUGGGAGAAGGAGAUCCGGCGCGCGCGCAAAGAGUCCUUCAAGUCGCAGUCCGUCGUCGUGAAGCUGCAAGAGGAGCUUAAGUCCGCGCGCCACGCACUGAAGUCGUCACAAGCGGACUUCGAGAAGGAGAAAGAGCGCAGUGUGAAUCGCGAGCAAGAGGCGUUUGCGGCGCGGUACCAGCUGGUGGGUGUGCAGGAGGAGCUGCAUCAGGUGCAAGAGCAGAUUAGGCUGGUGGAGCAGGAGAGGGAUGCAUUGCGGACUAUUGCGCAGAAUGAGGAGAUUGCGAGGAUUGCAGCGGAGGGGAGAAUACCGCUACCCACGCUGGCGGAGGAUGAUGAAUUUGCGAGUCCGAAAAAGGCAAGGAAGAGUAUGGAUUUGCUUUCCAUUACUUCGUCUGCUGCGAGCGAGGAGGAGCUGGAAAACAUGCGGAUGUUACUGGAGUGGGAACGACAACGAGCGAACCGCGCGCACGACCGAGUUGAGUUCUUGGAAUUGGAAUGCCGUAUGAACUGCUGUAUCUCAAAAGCUACACAAAUCUGCACGGCACCUACAGUAGCGCCUACAACGGAGAAUAUCCACCAUGCUGGCAGGUCAACUACAGUCAUCGUCCCAGCUGAAGGCAUCUUCACACCAGAAUCGCCAACACCUGAAGAGCUGCCUUGGAUUUCAUCCGCAAAAAAUUCCUCCACGCAAGCAGCACCAGUCUUUGAAACGCAUCGCUCCUUCGCCCGCACACCCUCCUGCGAACCCCCAGCCUCAGCCCUCAUUACCGAUAUGUCCCUGCUCUCUAUACUUGACGCUCCCCAAAGCUCAGCUAGUAAUGAGGACGAGGACGACAACGAAGCCACUAUAAUGCCUGCCCCGGCAGAAGAACCUGAGCCUGAGGACGAGUCGCCAGUCAAGCAUACCAUGAUUCCGACUUUCCACACCAUCAGUACAACGACCCGAAUUCCUCUCGCCAACGCCCCAGAUCUCACGCCCACGCUCCUCCCUUCAGCGCUCGACCCAGCAUUGAGCCCUACGAUGUCGAGAGAGGAAGCUCUUGCACAAAUUCGUGAACGCAGAGGCCGUGCGAGGAGCCUAGCCCAAGGAACCAUGACUCCUCGCAAGCAGAUGGUCGAAGGAGGCGGACCAAGAAGAGAUAUUAGUGCGCCUGCGAUUCGCAGCGGUGGGGUACGAGGGCGGAGCCAGGCUAGGUGUUAA